AUGAACGACACCGCCGUCAGUGUCGGCGUCUCGGAGCAGGUCGUCCGCCACCCAUCGCAAAAGCAGCUCCGAGAGCUGCUGCAGAUGCUCAUGGGCACCCCGGCCGGCGUUGUGCAACAGGUGGGGUACUUGUUGAUGCUCUUCGUCGCGGUUGUCAAGGCCGGCUCGCCCGCCACCGACGCCGGCGACGGCAGCGGCGGCAGCGGUGGCAGCGGAACCGGCGACGGCAACUGCGGGAGUCAGCCCCAGGUUGCUCGCAGUGCUGCUGGCCGGCUUCGCGACACCACGGCCGAAGAACGGAAGGAAGCAAUUGUCCUCCUUCAGACCGCGCACAAGGAGUUGAAGAAGAACAAGACCAGGGGUGUGGGGAAGGGCGGGAAGGGCGGGAUGUGCGUGGCAACCAGAAGCGACCGUAGCGACGAGGCCAAGGCGAAAGGACUUCAGAGGUGGGCCGCCAAAGGCAAACGGCACGUUGGACAGCUGCAGCAGCUUUUUCUUGGCUCUGGUGUGGCCAUGAAAGGCCGACAGGACCACGCCCGCCUGCUCAACUUCCACGCGAAGCGUAUCUCCAGCGAGGAGGCCAAGAAGGGAUCAUCGGCCGCGGCAGCCGCCUUCGAGAUGAUGAAGGCCACCAUCAACAGCGUCCUCAACACAUGCGGCGAAGCAACGUCCGCCGAUACGGUAGCGGCGGGGCAGCGUUCCUCGGACGGUUCGGACAACGACGUUGGCGACGACGACCCUUUGGCUGGAAAGCGGUCGAACGCCUUCUCGGAACGAAACGGGGUGGGCGCGGAAAACGUGAUCUCCGCCCCAACCCCCCCGUCGGCGUGCGCCGACGAUGUGAUGGACGACGACUCUGAGGCGACACCAACCGAGACGAUGAUGGAAAGGCCCCGAAGGGGUGAUGCGGGAUCCAGCCAAGAGACUUCGGCAGAAAGUGUUACGGGACGACAGAUGAUCACCCUCGACGGGCACAUGCCCACCGUGCUCGUCUCCGGCAUCGGAGGUGCUACCGCAACCGUGCCGGAGGCAGCCCGCGCGAUGGCCGCUCAGGGAGAAGGGGUCACCAAAGACAACCGGAUGGCGCGAGAACUCAAGUCCCUCAGGAGCCUCGGUUCCCCUCACUACACCAUCGAGCUGGCCGGUCCCCACGACGGCAGCGACUUCCUGACCCUCGCCUUCGCCAACGCCGGCCUCGACCUGCACGAGAUGCUGGCCGAUCCGCACCUUCACGAAGGCAUGUCCAACCUAGACAUGAUGAGGCUCUUUGGAGGUCUCGUCACCGGGGUCUUGAGCAUCCACGACCAAGGCUUCGCUCACGGCAACAUCAACCCGAAAAGCGUGCGGGUCGUCUCCGGCGAAAACGCGAGAUGGGUGAUCCGCGACUUCGGCAGUGCCGGAGUACUAGGAAAGGACCACAUUUCCGGGGGGCUUUUCUUCGAGUACCUUGCCCCCGAGGCAAUGGCCUACGCCACCAAAGAGUGCAACACCCCCGUCCUUCUCCGGGAGAGUAUUGACGCCUACGCCCUCGGACAGAUAUGCUACCAGGUCCUCGCACGCGACCCCAUGCCUCCGCUAUCGGCAGAGACGAGAUCCGUCCAGACGGAGGUUGAGACGCGAAGGCCCACGAAGGAAACCAUCUUGAGCCCGGAGGUGUUCAGGCCGCCUUCACCCCUCCUGUUCAGGGAACACACCGUCCGUAUUCUCGCCGGCCUGCUGCACGACGACCCAUCUGAGCGUCUGAGCGUCCGGGCGCUCCACGAGUUCGCUUCAUUCGAACCGCUCUGGGAGUCCCAGCCAUCCCAGGGGCAGGAGGAGCACAGCGGCACGCCGGCACCGCCAGCUCAGCAGGAGGCAUUGCCACAGGCAACCUUGGGGGAGCCUGAUAAGGAUAGGGCCUUGGUGGACACGAAGAGGGCUCACCGCGCUGCGUGGGCCCAGUCGACCCUCACCGACUCCGGCUCCGGCUCCAACGACGACGAACCUCUACCGCCUUUGGUGAGCGACUCGGAGGAUGAGGGCUUUGACGAAGUGCGUGCACGUGGCCGACUUGCUAUUGGUGUCGUCAGCAUCUUCGACUCCGACUACGACUCCACCUCUGUGUCCUGCUCCGACUCCGCCCGCGACUCCGCCCGCGACUCCACCCGCGACUCCGCCCGAGACUCCGACUCCGACUCCGACUCUGACUCUGUCUCCGGGUCCGACUCCGGCAGCGACUCCGACUCCAACUCCGACUCCGACUCCGGCCGCGACUCCGACUCCGACCGUGGCUCCCGCGGCGGCGACGACGACGACGACGACGACGACGAACCUCCUCCGCCAUUGCUGGUGGACGCCUACCUCUGCCUCGAAGAGAGAGCGUACCCCAGAUGCAGGGAGGGUUACAAGAGCAUCCCCGAGGGCAAGGUCAGUCGGCUGGACAAGCUUGACGAGAGCUCCGUUGACCUCUAUGGAACCAUGGACCAGAUGCUGGUGAUCACGAAAGCCGCUUCGGAGGGCAGGGGCAAGAACGGCGGCCCAGUGUUUGGCCAGCCAGGCGCCGACGACCCCAAGACGAUCUUGCUGGCACUCUUCUAUUAUCUAAUGCUCACCAUGCCGGAGGAGCUCACCUGCCCCGGUCCGAUGGACUAUAUGGAGGUUUUCGCCGAACAGUCCGGCAUCGACCACACCCUCACCGGGCAAGAGCUUGGAGGCGUUUACGACGAAUACGACAGAUUCGUUCGCGCCGCCGCCUUGAACGGCCUGCUCCGCACGCUGUCGCCUUCGGACAUAGCGCGUGGCGCCUUCUUCGGAGCAGCGGGCGUGUCCAUCGUGUUCAGCGAGCAAGGGGCAUCGGCGGGGGGAGGGGACUCGGUGGCCAAGGAGGAAGGGUCUGGCGAUGGCGGCGGCGGCAACGGCAGCGGUGGGGACGGUGACGACGACGACCACGACCGUGGUCCAUAG